GGCGGAAGUCGCACGGUGCCAACGGAGCCCGGACAUGGCGGGCGUGAAAGCUCUCGUGGCCCUGUCGUUCAGCGGAGCCAUCGGGCUGACGUUCCUCAUGCUGGGCUGCGCCCUGGAGUACUACGGUGUGUACUGGCCCCUGUUUGUGCUGAUCUUUUACUUCAUCUGCCCCAUUCCCCACUUCAUUGCCAAGAGGGUGGGAGAUGACAGCGAUGCAGCCAGCAGUGCCUGCAGGGAGCUGGCCUAUUUCUUCACCACGGGAAUUGUUGUCUCUGCCUUUGGAUUCCCCAUCAUCCUGGCACGGGUGGAAGCAAUCAAGUGGGGAGCCUGUGGCCUGGUGCUGGCUGGCAAUGCUGUCAUUUUCCUGACCAUUUUAGGCUUUUUCCUUGUCUUUGGCAGAGGAGAUGACUUCAGCUGGGAGCAGUGGUAGGAGCUCUCUGUGGUGCUGGUAAUUUUCAAUAUUUCACAGCUUUUCCCCUGUUCUGUGUGUAUGUAGAGAUAUUCUGAUGUGUGUGGUGUGUUAUAACAUUCACCUGGCUUUACAUUAUCAUGUAAUAAUUUGCUUUUUUAAAUGCACUUCAGCCAAAGGGACAGUGCUGACACUUGGCUUGAAGUAGCCACUAAAAUGGGGAAUUAUUAUGAAUUUAUCCUUGAAGAAGUUUACAAAAAAUAAGCAGUUUUACCAAUUUUUUUCUGUAU